GAAGAUCAACAUUGUUCCUCUGAUGACGAGGCGGACAAGACAUCCUCCUUGCCGUUGUUUGGUCUCUUCGACGGACGUCGUAAGCGAUUAGCAUUAGGCACAACUCUAGAGAGGAUGGCACCGGACCAUCUGAUGCGAGAUUGGAAUCGGACAGAAAUACGACUAGGUCCUCCAGAAGAAGAUGCGAAGACGUUCUUAACAAGUUCGACGAGAAGCAAAGCUAGCACUGCCAUGUUUGGGCCACGCGGACCACACUUUGCUCUAGAGAAGUGCGAACCUGUCCUAUCCCACACAGGGUACUACAUGCGGAAACGGAACGUAAUCCUACGCGCUCAACACUCGACUUCAUCGCUUCCUGCAUCGGAUCCGCGUCUGCCUCUGCCUUACGUUUCGACUCGUGGACUGUCCUUUCCCGAGAAAAUAUACGACCAGCUGCAUCCUUUUAUGUUGGCAGGCGACUUGCACUUGCAGUUUCUUUCAUCAAGUUAGAGGUCGUACGACUACGAGGAGAGUGAGAAUCAAAGUAGAUGAGGACUUCAGCAUCUUACUCUGAGUGAGCGGGUAAGAAGUUGAAGUACAACUUAUGUCGUGGGUGUUGAGGAGUAUUCUUCUGCAAGGUUUUUUCAUCGUACAACUCAGUCUACUUGUGGUAGUCUACGUACUCAGGCUGGUGUUACUAGAGGUUCUUGUAAUUCUAUUCUCAGUUCUAAUAUCUUUGGUUUCUACGAUAACGAGAAUAUCUUCACGUUUCGCGUGUACGCGCGUGGGGUGCCCCUACUGAUUGUGCCGAUUGCCGCGACCCUUUCUCGCAGUUUUAGUGUAUCUUACUUGCGCUUGAGCGGAGUCUCGGACGACGAGCACCCUCCACUCCGCGUGCCGGAAAGGAGCGAAGAAGAACAGCUGAAUCUUCUCGACGACCUCGUGCUCCAGCGACGAAUUUCACCUCAAGUGCGCCAGCGAUUGCGAAAGCAAACGAAACUUGUCGAUAGAAGGAUGGAGACGAAAAGCAGCGGUUUUAGCGCAGCACGAAAACAAGAUGAAGAUGAGGAGCAAGAGAGCAAAAAUCACGUCACAAACAGCUCCACGUCUUGUCGUUGUAGUGACAUAAUUGCGGAUAAUAUGCUUCUAGCACUGGAAAAAGCGCGUGUCGAACGGCAGUUUUGGGACCCGAGGCCAUCGCAACAUCGCGUGAGCAAAACUGGACGCACUACGUCCGCAUGACGGGAAAGUUGAUGUAGUAAGUUCUUGUACAACUUCUAGAAGAGCGUUCUUUAUUUGAUGCAAGUGUUAAAUCAAUUGAUUCCUUACACUCUUUGGCUUUAAAGUUAUUUGAUGCAAAAACUUGCACGGACGUCUAGC